ACAAAGAAAGAGAAGGUAUGGAUUCCAGUGUGUUGAGGGCUGUGGUUUUGAUGAGCAUGCUUGUGCUUGCAAUAGCUGAAGCUGAUAUGAAUCCUUCCUAUACCAAUACGGUUCCAAAUGGCAACACUCUUGGUCAUGUUGAUGAUGUCUCUGAUCCUUCCAAUGGAAAUCAAGUGGUUCCAAAUGGUCAUAUUAUUUCUUGUGGUUUUAAAUGUGCGACAAAGUGCCUAAUGAACCCAAUAUGCCUUGGCACGUGCAUGAUCAGAUGCAAACAUAGACUUUCGAAUGUUGUGUAUAAUUGUACACAAAGUUGUGCCAACUCCAUUGCUACCACAAGCACUUCCAAUUCUGAUAAGCUCUAUGUGAAAGGCUUCGUGGAUUCAUGUUAUGAGAGCUGCUCCAAAAAUAAUCAUAUUAAUUAA